AUGCCUUUCCAACUUGAGUCCAACAAUUACUCUCGGACAUGGGGAAGCAUGGAUUCUUCGAUGACCUGUUCUCAGAACUCACCGAGUCAGCGCGACUCUCCAGUAUCUGUCGAUGGACACGCGUCUCCUUACUCAUUCACAAAUGAGAGAUGCAGCUCACCAGUCUCAACCGAAUCAUAUACCAACACCGACACUCAAUAUCCUGUCUCGGGUCUCCCUGUCGAGCUGGUGACUAGCAUCGACCAUUACCUUCGCAGCAUUCUCAAGCCUGAGGCUUUCGCUUCGUCUCAUCAGCAGCUGAACCCCACAAUCUGGAACACGGAUACAAUUGAUAUCGAUCCAAUUUUGACUAAGCCAGAGAGCCCACAGUUGUCACUUUAUUCAUGGCCUCCCGCAAAUGACUUAUCAUACCAGAACGCCCAGAUGAAUCAUUAUCAGUCUACCGGUCGUUGA